AUGACAUCGAACUCAUGGCCGCAGCUUCUGGCCUUCAAGCUGACUUCACCGCCUCACGACCCUGGGAGUCCAAAGUGGAUCUUCAGCUGCGACGAGGAGAUAGAGCGUCGCUAUGAGAUCGUUCCCUCUGUGGUCUGCUCCAUGUGCUGCCUCUUCGGCAUCAUAUACUGCUUCUUUGGUUACCGUUGUUUCAAGGCAGUGAUGUUCCUAACAGGCUUGAUGUUUGGCUCCGUCAUCAUCUUUCUGCUGUGUUACAAGGAGCGUAUCCUGGACACCCAGCUGAGUGUGGAGGCCUCGGUGGGCAUCGGCCUGGGCAUCGGUAGCCUCUGUGGCCUGGUCACCAUGCUGGUGCGCUCCGUGGGACUCUUCAUGGUGGGGCUGUUGCUGGGAUUACUGCUGGGCAUCGCCUCACUUGUGGUAAUGGAGGAGUUCCACCACCCGCGGACGGUGUGGGUGCCCCUGGGGGUGUUGUUGGGGUCAGGCAUGCUGUUCGCCGUCCUCACCCUCCAAUGGCAGCGCUUCUUCACCACCCUCUCCACCGCUGUGUUCGGCUCGGCUGUCAUCACCGUCACUGUGGACUACUUCCUCGAGCUGUUCGCUCUGGUCAGAUACAUGUCGGAGAGGAUCACGGUGGCUCCGCCCCGUCCUCCCUGCUGGUUCACCUGGGUCGUCAUGGGGGUGUGGCCUGUCCUGGCAUUGCUGGGGGUCCUCAUCCAAUGGAAGGUAACCGCCGAGGGAUAUUCACACACUGAGGUGGUUCUCAGUCGACAGCAGCGGAGGGUCCAGUUGAUGAGGAUCCACCAGAAGGAAGAGAGGAUGCAGAAAGAAGUGAGGAAGAAGAAGAAGAGACAGAAACAGUACCACCACCCUCCUCCAUUUACCACCACCACCAACACCAAACCCCUCCUCCCUGAGCCUAUCACCUACCACAGGAAACCAAACCACACUCUACGCUUCCAUGGGGACGUGCUGUCUCCUAGUUACAUCACUAGUUUCCGGGACAGACAAGUGGACAGACAGGGAUACCCUCACCACGGCAGGCCCAUCGCCAGGCACUACAUAGCUGACCGAGACUACGACUGUGGAUCCCAAGUACCCCUGACUGUCCCCAAUGGACCGGCUGUACGGGUGUGA